AAUGGGAAGGCCAUGGGUCGAGAUGGUAGGUAGGGCGUAGUGAACACUACGGCGGAAAAUGGCGCCCAGCUCGAAAACCGAAAAGGACGGUAACAAACAAACGCAGAGAAAACACAAAGAACAUGUCGUCAAGCUUCUGAACCGUGGAAGGUUGUCUGGCCAGUAUUCUCAGCGCUUGUUCAGGAAACUACCACCGCGCGUCUGUGUUCCCCUGAAGAACAUAGUCAGCGAGGAGUUCCUCAGAGCAGGACACAUCUUCCUGGGGUUCACUAAGUGUGGUCGUUAUGUGCUGUCCUACACCAGUGACUGUGGAGAGGACGAUGACUUCUCCUUCUACACCUAUCACCUCUACUGGUGGGAGUUCAACCUACACAGCAGACUCAAACAGGUGCACCAUGUGCGUCUGUUUACAGGUGAGGACAUCUACAGUGAUCUCUACCUGACAGUGUGUGAGUGGCCCAACGACCACUCCAAGAUCAUCAUCUUUGGCUUCAAUACUCGUAGCUCCAGCUCGGUGUUGAUGAAUCUGAUGAUGAGUGAUGAGAACAAUAGAGAUAUCUACAUCACCAUCGCCUCCAUGCCUCCUCCUAGACCCUGCUCUCAGUGCUGCCCUACAAACACCUCUACUAUACGCACAGGUAGUGGAGAGUGUCUGGAACAUGGUUAUAUGUUGAACAGUCGGUACCAGGUGGUCUAUCCCUUCCCCACCUUCCAGCCUGCCUUCCAGCUGAAGAAAGACCAGGUGAUCUUCCUCAACACCUCCUAUUCCCUGGUGGCCUGCUCUGUGUCCCUCUGUCCAGCAGGUGAGCAGGGUCAUUCGACUCAGAUCCUGUUCAGAAAGAGAGCCACAGCCCCCACCUCAGAACAUCAAUCCCCUCCAUCGCCCUCUUCAUCCUCUUCCUCUCAUGGGUCUCCCGACAGCCGCCCGCUAACCGCCAAACCAAGCCCCGCCCCUCUUUCCCCUAGCCAAUCACAAGCUGCCGCCCGGGCGCGAGAGUUUGCCGCCGACCUCUUCAGACGUGCCCAGGGAGGAGGGAGGGAAAACGAGGGAGGAGAGAGGAGAGGGAAAACGGAGGGAGGAGAGGAGCCCGUGGUGACUGAGAGAGAAGGGGUGAGCGUGGAGAGGGAUAGAGAACAGAGGGAAGACACACAGAUGGAUCAACUGACUAGCGCACCACAGACUUCCACUUCAGCUGGGAACCAAAGUUUGUUGCGACCUUUGCAGGAGGACUCUAUUCAGUGUAGUGCGGUGUCUCCUGCCUCCUCCUCCUCCUCGUCCCCCCCCACUCCUCAGUCUUCUCAGGAAGCAGGCUGCAGCGAGCCGGGAUAUGUCAACUACACCCGCUUGCAGUACCGCAUGCCACAGCCGGGGGCGCCAGAGCAGGCUGCAGGAGGUUAUGAGGAUGAUAAGGUCCAGCUGCCCUUCACUGUGACUGACCUGAAGGGACGCAACCUACAGCUGGUCACUGGGCCCCACAACGGACAGAGUGUGUGUGUGGAGCAGUUGACUCUGGACUUUGAGUACCUGAUAAACGAGGUGAUCCGGAGCGACGCCCGCUGGGCUCCUCAGUUCUGUUCCUUCAACGACUACGACGUUGUUAUACUGGAGGUGUGUCCAGAGACUAACACAGUGGUGAUCAACAUUGGGCUGCUGCUGCUGGCGUUCUCCAACCCUGAAGAGGAACACUGCAGGCCCAACACCUACCACUCCAGUCUGCAGGUGAGCUGGGACCUCAACACAGGAGUGUGUCACACCGUCGGAGUCGGUGACCUCACUGAGGUCAAGGGUCAGACCAGUGGCAGUGUAUGGAGUUCCUACAGGAAGUCUUGUGUUAACACAGUAAUGAAGUGGCUGGUUCCAGAGAGCAGCUCUCGUUACAUCAACCGCAUGACCAACGAGGCCCUGCACAAAGGUUCCUCUCUACAGGUGUUAGCUGACAGCGACCGGAGUACCUGGAUCAUACUAUGAGGGACAACAGAGGGGUGUCCUGACACCAGAGGCUCGGACUGUCACACACACACUGACACACACCGACACGCAUACAGUAAGCCUGUUUAGCUGCUACAGUAACAGUCAUAGGUUUCCUCUCAAAUGGCACCCUAUUCCACAUGUGGUGCACUACAUUUGACUGUUUCCCUUUAUGACUCUGGUGAGAAGUAGUGCUCUAUAUAGGACCUUCAGACUCCAUUCUGGACCUGGAAAGCAGUUCCACUGUUUCAUUGUUCCCCUCUAAUCAGGGACUGAUUUAGACCUGGGACACCAGGUGUGUGUGCAAUUAAUGAUCAGGUAGAACAGAAAGCGAGCAGGCUCCGGACCUCGUAGGGUCAGAGUUGGAUACCCCUGAUUUAGGGAAUAGGGUGCCAUAUUGUCAUGAAUCUGUGCACCUGCCUCUGUGUGUGUGAUGUUGUAGGAUGGAAGAAUCAGGAGGCAUUCAGUGUGUUUUCCACAUGUUCUGUUUUUGUUUGACUAUAUAAUGUAACAUUUGCACCCAUGGAUCCAGAGCUGAACUGAACAAAGAUGAUUUUACUGUGGGUUUUUAGUUUAGUUUGUUUGGUGUAACUUUCCGUUUUAUGACUGUGUGAGAGAGAGAUGUAUAUAGAGAGAAGUUGUGUGGUCCUCAUGCCUCCGAGAUUCUGCUGCUGUUCUCGGAACCUAAAGGCCACUCCUCUAAACCAGCUCUGUCCAGGUUCAUCUGGUUUUAUCCAGUUUGAUCCAGGUCUGAAUCUCCAUGUCUGUCUGAUUGCAACAGGGCCUACACAUGAACUGGAGUGACUGACGUUCCCCUAAGUACAGAUCUAGGAUCAGCUUCCCCUCCCCCAAUCAUAACCUUAACCAUUAGUGGUUGGGAAUGUGAAACUGACCACAGAUCAGUGUCUUAGGGCAACUUCACCAUACACCCUGUUCAUCACCAUCAUCUGUCUCUUAUUUUACCAUUGACAGAUUUCUUCUUGGAUGCGUCCAAAAUGGCUCCCUAUGUAGUGCACUACGUUUUGUCCAGAGCCUCAUAAGCUCUCAUAGAGCUUUGGUUAAAAGUAGUGCACUACAUAGGGAAUAGGGUGUCAGUUCAGAUUGUCCCCUUCAUAAAUGUAUUUGUAUGUGGAGUUAACUUUCCCAAAAUUCCCAGGUUUUCUAGAAAUCCUGGUUGAAGGAUUCCAGAUUAGUCCUUCUUCCCAGGAAUCUUUUUAGGAAAGUUACAACCCUAGAUGGAGCAGAGGUUUAUGGGAUAUGGAGUUAAGCAACCUGUUAUUAUCUGGAUGUAUUUUAACAGACUGGACAGAGAGAGCAUGGUUCACUUGAUUAUUUUUUCAUAAAAAUAAAUAAUUGAAAGAUUCA